CAAGGUAAAGUUGGUUGUUUGUGAUAGGUGGAUCUAUUCCAUUGCUUUAUCAGAUUUGGUUUGUUUUCAUUUCGUUCUUGUUGGUAGAACAGUUGGCUGUGGUUAAUGGGAAAAUGACCAGGACUUGGUUGUCAGUUGAUUUCUUUGUAUUUUUCUCACUUGCUUGUUAAUAGUAUAUGAUUUAGUAUUUACGCAGUGAAGCAAUAAUCAAACAGGAUGGACAAUUUUCUCAGUCAGUGUAUGCUAAUACUCUCUUUUGACUUGGAUGUGUAACAUCCAUGUUUAUAAGCUUUUCAAGAUUUUCCAAUCUCAUGCCGGUCGGGGACAUUGUUUCCCACCUGAUUUGAUGCUUGCCUCCUGGUGCUCGAUGUCGGUGGGAUCUAAGUUGGGUUUAUUAUAGUUUGUCACAAAAUCAUUAUCUUCUUAUAAGUUUUUCAAAAUCAUUUUAUUUAGUCAUUGAGAAUGAAGUACCUUAUUUCUUUUAAAGUACUUACUUCCAUGUGGAAUCGAAGUAUUUAUUUCUUUUGAAACUUGACAGGACACAGUGAUUCUAGUAAUGCUCACGUCGAUAUAAUUGUGUCCAGAUUGUUCACAUCCUUGACUUUGUGGUUGGUGAAGUGGCAUUGUGGCAACGGUCAAGAAAUUUGAACUAGCAAAAGGUGUAUAAGAAUCCGCUGCUGGGCAGCGCUUUAUCCUUCUGAAUCAUGUACUACUAUUUACAUAUAUUCCCACAUCUAUCGAGAAAAGCGGCUGAGCUAACUCAGUUCUCAGUCUCCAUUAAACCAUGAAAAUGUCCAAAGCUCUGAAGAAGCUCAAGUUCUGGUCACGCAAGAAGAGAAAAAGAAAGUCCCUCGGCCUAGAGCCUUCAUAUCCUGAUUCCUCCCAUUGUCAUUGCUGUUACUCGUGCGCCUCAACGCAGCCCUCAGCGCCACCGUUGCCAUCAUGGCUGCAGGCAGAGCUAACCCAAGAUGCCAUUCAUACGGCGGAUCAGGCUGAGCCAUUCCCAGUCCCAGAAUUGUCAUAUCCAACUCUGUUUCAGUGCCCGGCACCAGAAGAUACUGUAUCAGAAACAGAAAGCCAUCGUAGUCCCAUUUGUCCAGCUCCAUCCUAUCAGCAAUACAUGGAUCCGAAUCCCGUCUAUGGCCUGCCUGUGGUGCAGCAGGCAGGUAGAAGAGAGAGAUCGGCUGGGUUUUUCGGUUGUAUGAUUGAUUUUGGCGUCCAUCUAAUCCGAUGCUUCUGUCCAUGUUUCCGCAUCAGAGAAGAAAGUUCGCAGACAAUUGUGAAACCGUCAAUCUAACAAGUGUUCGUAAUUUAGAGACUAUAUUUAGUUUUGUAUAGCCGAACAUGAUAUGUGUGAUUUGUGAUCCCAUCUUUGCUGCUUCAUUUUCAUACAAUAAGAUACAUAUUAUUUUCUCUUUA